AUGAAGUUCGAGGCUGUCGCGGCGCUUGUAGCCCUGACGGGCAAUUCGCUCGCCGUUCCUUUAAUAGAGGGGGGCUCGACCGGAGCCGCCACCGAAUACUACGGCCCGCCCCGGCCUCAGCCCGUUAAGCCAGACUACCCGCCCCAGACCGAAUAUCCGACCCAGACCGGAUACCCGACCAAGCCCACUUACCAUAGCAAACCCGGCCCCCCUGGUCCGCCCGGCCCACGUGGACCUGCUGGCCCACCCGGCCCGCCCGGAAAAAAUGGCCACCACGGAAAGCCCGGCAAGAAUGGCUACGACGGCAAGCCCGGCCCUCCCGGCCCGCAUGGCAAGCCCGGCAGGCCAGGCUAUGAUGGCAAGCAAGGUCUUCCUGGCAAGAAUGGCUACGACGGCAAGGAAGGUCCCCCAGGCAAGACCGGUCCUCCUGGCAAGAAUGGCUAUGACGGAAAGCAGGGCAGGCCUGGUCCUCCUGGCAGGAAUGGCUAUGACGGCAAGCCCGGUCCUCCUGGAAAGACAGGGAACGAUGGCAAACCUGGUCCUCCUGGCAAGAAUGGCUAUGAUGGCAAGCCUGGUCCUCCUGGAAAGGAGGGAAAGCCUGGUCGUCCUGGCAAGGACGGAUAUGAUGGAAAGCCUGGUCCUCCUGGUCUUCGCGGCAAGCACGGCUAUAAUGGCAAGGACGGUUACAAUGGCAAGGACGGCAAACACGGGCCUCCUGGAAAGGACGGCUAUAAUGGCAAAGAUGGUAAACCUGGUCCUCCUGGAAAGGAUGGUUAUAAUGGCAAGCCUGGCAAGCCUGGCAAGGAUGGCUAUAAUGGCAAGGAUGGAAAGGAUGGUUAUAAUGGUAAGGAUGGUAAGCCCGGUAAGGAUGGCUACAAUGGUAAGGAUGGCGAACGCGGUCCUCCUGGUCUUCGCGGCAAGCCCGGCUACGAUGGCAAGGAUGGCUACAAUGGAAAGGAUGGCGAGCGCGGUCCUCCCGGCUUUCGCGGUCCUCCAGGUCUUCGCGGCAAGCCCGGCUAUAAUGGCAAGGAUGGCAAGGAUGGCUACAAUGGGAAGGAUGGCGAGCGCGGUCCUCCUGGCUUUCGCGGUCCUCCUGGUCUUCGCGGCAAGCCCGGCUACAAUGGCAAGGAUGGCAAGCCCGGCUACAAUGGAAAGGACGGAUAUAAUGGCAAAGAUGGUGCACGUGGUCCUCCCGGCUAUGAUGGCAAGGAUGGCAAGAACGGCGAGCGCGGUCCUCCUGGCUUUCGCGGUCCUCCUGGCUUUCGCGGUCCUCCUGGCCUUCGCGGCAAGCCCGGCUACAAUGGCAAGGAUGGCAAGGAUGGCUACGAUGGAAAGGAUGGCUACAACGGUAAAGAUGGCUAUAACGGGAAAGAUGGCAAACCUGGUCCGCAUGGAAAGGAUGGCUAUAAUGGGAGGGACGGCUACGAUGGCAAGACUGGCCCCCCUGGUCCUCCUGGUCCCCCUGGCCCUCCUGGUCCUCCUGGCCCUCCUGGUCCUCCUGGCCCUCCUGGCCCCCCUGGCCCUCCUGGCAAGUACAGGAAGCCUCACCACACCAAGCCUCCUACCCCUGCCUAUAGCGACCCUCCUAGCCCUCAGUACAGCGACGCUCCCAGCCCUCAGUAUGGCUACGCUCCCAAGCCUCAGUACGGCCACUCUCCCAAGCCUCAGCAUAGCUACGCUCCCAAGCCUCAGUAUGGCUACGCUCCCAAGCCUCAGUAUAACAGUCAUUACUAG